AUGUUCGGCGAGAUAUUACCCUUUGGCUUGCUCGCUUUCUGUCUGAUACCGGUUGCAUUCGUCUGCUACUCGGUCAUCCCUGCAGCCACAUCACCCUUACGUAACGUUCCAGGGCCAUUCUUAGCACGAUUCACUAGGCUCUGGUUCUUCCAGAGCACAUGGAGAGGUCAAGCACAUUGGGAAAACAUUCAUCUACACCGGAAGUAUGCACCUGCAGGCUCCUUCUACGCACCAGUCGUGCGAUUGGGACCCAACCUGUAUUCCAUAUCUCGACCCGAGAGCGUGGUCUACGGAAUCAGCAGCAAGAUGCCCAAGACCUCCUUCUACAAUACAUUCAAGCAUCCUGAUAUGGAGCCGGGAUUGUUGGCUCAUCGCAAUAUACGAAAGCACGCCGAGAUGAGACGGAAGUUCCAGAGUAUGUACAGCAUGAGCAGCUUGUUGCGCUACGAAAAAUACGUGGAGACGACACAGGACGUCUUUCAACAGAGGUUGGGUGAGAUGGUCAAGAGUGGCAAGACGGUGAAUAUGCAUCGUUGGAUACAGUGUUACGCGUUCGAUGUUGUUGGCAAUAUUACGUAUAAUAAGCGAUUCGGGUUCUUGGACGAAGGCAAAGACAUUGAUCAUGCCUUAUCAUCGCUCCAUGCCCAGACAGUGUACGGAACACUCGCGGGGAUCUACUCAUGGGCGCACCCCAUCCUGUACAGAAUCCUGGAGCAGAUGCCCGGCUCCGGAGCGGCUGGACGCACGUUUCUGAUGAAAUUCGCGCAGAGACGUGUCUCCGAACGGGAGAUCGAGCGAGCAGCGGAAGAAAAGGACGGCAAAAGACACAUUCCCGCUGAUGGUGCGCCCCGAGACUUUCUAGACCUCGCUAUAGACGCUGAACGGGAUCCUGAGAAGAACAUGACCAAGUUCGAUGUCUUCGCGGUCGGCCUUGCGAACAUUCUGGCUGGAUCUGACACGACUGCCAUCAGCCUUAGCAGCGUCUUUUGGCAUCUUACUACUACUCCGCGUGCUAUGCAGCGGCUGAGGGCGGAGCUGGAUCAGGCUAUAGCAGAGGGCAAGAUGCUGGGCCAUUUCUUCCCAGAAGGCACCGAGAUUGGCAUCAACUCAUGGGUCGCGCACUAUGAUGAAGAUAUCUGGGGCUCGGACGCCACUUCAUUCAAGCCUGAGCGUUGGAUCGAAAGCGAUGCUGCGAAGCUCAAGCUCAUGGAUAGCUACUUCAUGCCAUUUGGUCUGGGGAGUAGGACAUGUAUCGGACGACACAUAUCGAUGCUCGAGAUGUGCAAAGUCAUUCCGAUGGUCAUCUCACAGUUCGAUUUCGAUUUGGUCGACAGAAUGGAGAGGUUCGAAACGGUGGACAUUUUCCUUGUGAAACCGAAGGACUUUCGGGUGGUCGUUCGAGCUCGGUCUCAGUAG